AUUUACCGACCUCCUAAACUGAUAACAAUCCCGGUAACGGGUCGCGUCCCAGAGUUUGAAACACAUUUUAAAGAGCGGGUUGGCCUGCCAGCCUCCAGGGUUACUGUACCUCUACCCCUUCCUAUCCCAGACCAGCCAGCUUCCCGAGGCUUUGCUCACCUAGCAACCAGGCGGCGACGGCAGACACUUCCGGAACCAGGCGGAGUCGUCCAAUCGGCUCUGCAGGUUCGCCGCAGCGGCUGAUGGGGCGCGGGAGACUGCGCUGCCGCCGGCGUCUGCACCAUGGUGACGAGCGGCGGUGGGGCCAGGGUAGCCAUGGCGGCUUGGUCCACCUUCGCCGCGGCUGUGAACGUAUUCCUCCUGUUGGCCCUCCCGCGAGUUUCACACGCCCAGACCUUCUCAUUUCCAUUCCUGCAGCCGGAGUCGUGCGGCCACAACCAGUACUUCGAUAUCUCCGCGCUGUCCUGUGUGCCGUGUGGAGCCAACCAGAGGCAGGAUGCCCGAGGAACUUCAUGUGUGUGUUUACCAGGAUUUCAGAUGAUCUCUAAUAAUGGAGGACCUGAUAUUAUUUGUAAAAAGUGCCCGGAAAACAUGAAAGGUGUUACUGAAGAUGGCUGGAAUUGCAUUUCUUGCCCUGGUGGUUUAACUGCAGAAGGAAAAUGCCACUGUCCUACUGGCCAUAUUUUAGUGGAAAGAGAUGUUAACGGAACAUUGUUGUCUCAAGCAACUUGUAAGCUCUGUGACGAAAAUCAAAACUCUUUUACAGUAGCAAAUGCUUUAGGAAACAGAUGUGUUCGAUGUGAGCCAACAUUCGUCAAUACCAACAGGUCCUGUGUGUGUUCGGAACCGAACAUUUUAACAGGGGGAUUAUGUUUCAGCAGCACAGUGAAUUUUCCUUCACGUGUAAUUUCAUCUGCCCGUUAUGGAGAACCUGGCAUGUCUUUCACUUCAGAAUGGUUUGCAAAGUAUUUGCAGUCAUCAGCAGCUGCUUGUUGGGUGUAUGCCAAUCUAACAUCUUGCCAAGCUCUCGGAAAUAUGUGUGUGAUGAACAUGAAUUCUUAUGACUCUGUCACUUUUGAUGCAUGCCGACUGUUUCAGUUUAUCUUUGAAAAUACUGGACUGCGCACUGUUCAUUCUAUUUCAUUUUGGAGACGGAAUCUUCCAUGGCUCUUCUAUGGAGACCAGCUAGGAUUAGCACCUCAAGUACUCAGUACCAUACCUCUUCCUACAAAUUUCAGUUUUAAAGGGGAAAACCAGAAUAGAAAACUGAAGUUUAUUGCUGCUUCCUAUGAUGUAAGAGGAAAUUUUCUCAAGUGGCAGACAUUAGAAGGAGGUGUUUUACAGCUUUGUCCAGACACAGAGACAAGACUGAAUGCUGCUUAUUCUUUUGGAACAACCUAUCACCAAAACUGUGAGAUUCCUAUUUCUAAGAUCUUAACCGACUUUCCCUCUCCUAUAUUUUAUGAUGUGUACCUUGAAUAUACUGAUGAAAAUCAACACCAGUAUGUUUGGGCUGUGCCUGUGUUAAACCUAAAUCUUCAGCACAAUAAAAUAUUUGUAAACCGAGACAGUAGCCCCGGCAAGUGGCUUCUGACUCGGCGCAUUUUCUUAGUGGAUGCACUAAGUGGACGGGAAAAUGACUUAGGAAGUCAGCCAAGAUUAACUCGAAUUGCUACCCAAAUAUCACUGAGCAUCUACCUUGUGCCCAACACAAAAAAUGGAAACAUUUACCCUCCCUUAAUUACCAUUGCCUACAGCGACAUUGAUAUCAAAGAUCCCAACAGCCAGUCUGUGAAGGUUUCUUUCUCAGUCAAAUAUGAAAUGAAUCAAGGAGAAGCACAAGUCCAGACAGAUAUUGCUUUAGGCGUUUUGGGUGGGCUGGCUGUUUUAUCAUCUCUUUUGAAGACAGCAGGGUGGAAGAGGCGCAUUGGGAGUCCCAUGAUUGAUUUACAGACAGUUAUGAAAUUCUUGGUGUACUAUGCUGGUGAUCUGGCCAAUGUUUUCUUCAUCAUCACUGUGGGAACAGGUCUAUAUUGGCUUAUUUUCUUCAAAGCACAGAAAUCUAUCUCUGUUUUGCUACCAGUGCCAGCUCAGGAAGAACGUCUUGUUACUUAUGUGGGAUGUGCUUUUGCUCUGAAGGCUCUGCAAUUUUUGCAUAAGCUUAUGUCCCAGAUUACCAUAGAUAUAUUCUUUAUUGACUGGGAGCGACCUAAAGGAAAGGUUCUGAAAGCUGUUGAAGGUGAGGGCGGUGUUCGCAGUGCCAUGGUUCCUGUGAGCAUAUGGAGAACAUAUUUUGUAGCAAAUGAAUGGAAUGAAAUUCAAACUGUGAGAAAAAUUAAUCCACUCUUCCAAAUACUUACUGUCCUCUUUUUUUUGGAGGUUGUAGGAUUCAAGAACUUAGCAUUAAUGGACUCAUCCUCUAGUCUUUCCAGAAGCCCAACUAGCUAUAUAGCUCCCUAUAGCCGCAUUUUAAGAUACGCAGUGUCUACUGCUCUUUGGCUAGUCAUUGGAAGUUUACAGAUCAUGUUCUUUGCUGUCUUUUAUGAGAGAUUUAUAGAAGAUAAAAUUCGACAGUUUGUGGAUUUAUGCUGUAUGAGCAAUAUAUCAGUGUUUCUGUUAUCCCACAAAUGUUUUGGAUAUUACAUUCAUGGUAGAUCAGUACAUGGGCAUGCAGAUACUAAUAUGGAAGAAAUGAAUAUGAAUCUUAAAAGAGAAGCGGAAAACUUGUGUAGCCAGAGAGGUUUGGUACCAAACACAGACGGUCAGACUUUUCAGAUUGCAAUUUCCAGCCAGAUGAGACAACACUAUGACAGAAUUCAUGAGACACUAACAAGGAAAAAUGGCCCUGCCAGACUAUUGAGUUCAUCGGCAAGUACAUUUGAGCAGAGUAUAAAAGCAUAUCAUACUAUGAAUAAAUUUCUUGGCUCUUUCAUUGAUCAUGUUCAUAAGGAAAUGGACUACUUUAUAAAAGACAAAUUGCUUCUUGAAAGAAUUCUUGGAAUGGAAUUCAUGGAACCAAUGGAAAAAAGCAUCUUUUACAAUGAUGAAGGAUAUUCUUUCAGCAGUGUCCUGUAUUAUGGAAAUGAAGCCACUCUUCUUAUUUUUGAUAUGCUGUUCUUCUGUGUUGUGGAUUUGGCUUGCCAAAAUUUUGUUCUAGCAGCCUUCCUUACAUACCUACAACAAGAGAUUUUUAGAUUUAUACGUAAUACAGUAGGACAGAAGAAUUUGGCAUCCAAAACAUUAGUGGAUCAAAGAUUUCUGAUUUAAUUUUGUGAAUAACUUCAAAGACAACAUAGCUGUGGCAAAAACAGUCAUGAUCAUCAGGUUAGUUUGCCAAAGUUUUUAAAACUUUUAAUACAAAUUAUUCUAUUUUUCUUUGUUUUCUAAUCUAAGAAAGAUUUAUUUUUAUAAUUUGUGGAUACAUAACUUCUUUGUGAAUAUGUAGUGUGAUAUAAUGAAGAAUGUUGUUUUCCCAUUUGUGGUGGUAUUUAAUUCACCAGUUCAUAAAGUAGAUAAACUGACAGCAGGGCAAAGGAAAUCUACGUGUUGCUGUCAGCAUAACACUUUGCAAUGGUAAUGAAAGCAGUCCCCAUCAUUUGUCUCUGUAGAUAAUUUUAUAAACUGGGAUUUGCCUACAUUUUCUCACAUUGACAAAAUUACUUAGUUCCAAGUUCAAGGCUAGUUUUCAGUUUAGCAGUUUCUGGUUUUUACUUAACGUUAUGGUAAAUAAAUGUUGAAAACUAUUUUCAAGUACUUAGAAAUUUGAAAUUGUAUAUUGCUGACUCAAUUGGUCUCAUUUUAAUUUCUCACCCUGUUUGGCAAUGGACUAAUUCACUCUUGGAUUAAUAGGCAUCUCAUGAGAUGGUAUAUAUUCAUUCCUUUGUAUACCUGUAUUGUUAGGUCAGGAGAUCUUUCCCGUAAAGCGUGUAUAUAUCUUAACUAUCAUUUACAUUUAAAACAAAGCUAUAAUGUGUGACAUUUUCCCCAAUAUAGUUUUUCAUAUAUUUUAAAAAUUACAUUUUAAGAGCACUCCCAAGUUUUGCUCUUCCAUUAUAUUUAAAGAUUAUAAAUAAUGAACUGUAAAUUUAUCAUGCUAUAUUGACAAGAUGAUUUAUUGAAAGCAAACUUAGGCUUCAUAAAUCAGUACACUUGUAUUUUUUUUAAAUAAGGAAAAAAAAUUAGGAUCCAAAAUAUACUUAAUGUAGAUUCUGAACCAUGUAGUAAUAAUUUCCCAUGACAUGAGUUUUUUUCUUUAAAAUACUCUUCAAUAAUCCUUUUCAUUGUAUACUGUAUACUUGAAAGUCAUCUUAUGUUUCAAGUAUAAUGAUCAUUAACCCACAAACCAUCAUUUCUUACUGCCUUCUAUGUUGAUGCUGUGUAAAUACAUAAAUACAAUGUUAUGUAAAUAUUGUUUCUAUUUUUUAAUUGAAAAUAUGGAAUAAAACAUUUGUUGUCUCUGUU